AUGUUAGGAGGAAUUUGUGAGUUCCAUGCCAUUGAAUGUCAGCCCAGCAACCAGGAAAUGAACAUGAGUAAGCAUGUAAGAACUCAGAGUGGAGAGAGGCCAUUUGAAUGUAAGGAAUGUGGGAAAGCCUUUCGUUAUCUCUCCGGCCUCACCACACAUAUAAGGACUCACAGUGGAGAGAAGCCUUAUGAAUGUAAGGAAUGUGGGAAAGCCUUCAGCUGUUCCUCAUCCCUAACUACACAUAUGCGAACUCACAGUGGGGAGAGGCCUUAUGAAUGUCAGGUGUGUGGGAAAGCCUUCAGUCGAUCCUCACACCUCACUACUCACAUGAGAACACACAGUGAAGAGAAGCCUUAUGAAUGUAAGGAAUGUGGGAAAGCCUUUAGUCGGUCCUCUUACCUCACUACACAUAAAAGAACUCACAGUGAAGAGAGGCCUUAUAUGUGUAAAGAAUGUGGGAAAGCCUUUAAGCAGUUUGCACAACUCACUAGACAUGUAAGAGUUCACAGUGGAGAGAAACCUUAUGAAUGUAAGGAAUGUGGAAAAUCCUUUAGUCAGUUUUCAUACCUCACUGGCCAUAUAAGAACUCACAAUGGAUAUAGGCCUUAUGAAUGUAAAGAAUGUGGGAAAGCUUUUACUCGGUCCUCACACCUCACUACCCAUGUAAGAACACAUAGUGGGGAGAGACCUUAUGUAUGUAAAAUAUGUGGAAAAGCCUUUUUUCAAUCUGCUCAUCUCACUGAUCAUGUAAGAACACACAGUGGAGAGAAGCCUUACGACUGCAAGGAAUGUCAGAAAGCCUUUAGUUGUUUCUCAUCUUUCCGUAAACAUAUUAGAAAUUACCAUAAAGAGAGGCCUUAUGACAGUACUGAAGGUAGGGCAACCGUUAAUAAUUUUGCACACAUUACUGACCGUAUAGGAUCUCAGACUGAAGAGAAGCUGCACUUCAGUGAAUUGCUGUAA